CUUCCUGAAUUCGGCGGGUUAAUCAGGAUCUUCACAAACAUGGUUUCCCCGGGGCCUGUGUUUGGGAUAGUGCUGCUCAUAAUCGCGCGAGUCAGCAGAAGUGCAGGUAUUGGUUUUCGCUUUGCUUCAUACAUCGAUAAUUACAUGGUGCUGCAGAAGGAGCCUUCAGGGGCUGUGAUCUGGGGCUUUGGUACACCUGGAGCCACAGUGACAGUGACCUUGUGCCAAGGUCAGGAAACCAUCAUGAAGAAAGUGACCAGUGUGAAAGAACCCUCCAACACCUGGAUGGUGGUACUGGACCCUAUGAAGCCUGGGGGACCUUUUGAAGUGAUGGCGCAACAGACUUUGGGGACAAUGAAUUUCACCCUGAGAGUCCAUGAUGUCUUAUUUGGAGAUGUCUGGCUUUGCAGUGGGCAGAGUAACAUGCAGAUGACUGUUUCACAGAUCUUUAACGCCUCAAAGGAGUUGUCCGACACUGCUGCCUACCAGUCUGUGCGCAUCUUCUCUGUCUCCCUCAUCCAAUCAGAGGAGGAGUUGGAUGACCUUACUGAGGUUGACCUGUCAUGGUCCAAGCCCACCGCAGGAAACUUGGGCCAUGGAAAUUUCACUUACAUGUCUGCGGUGUGCUGGCUCUUUGGGCGUUACCUGUAUGACACUCUGCAAUAUCCCAUUGGGUUGGUCUCCUCCAGUUGGGGUGGGACGUACAUUGAAGUCUGGUCAUCUAGAAGGACACUGAAAGCCUGUGGAGUCCCUAAUACAAGGGAUGAAAGAGUUGGUCAGCCCGAGAUAAAGCCCAUGAGGAAUGAAUGUAACAGUGAGGAGUCCUCAUGUCCUUUUAGGGUUGUCCCAUCUGUUCGUGUGACUGGACCGACAAGACACUCCGUCCUUUGGAACGCCAUGAUCCAUCCACUGCAAAACAUGACUUUGAAAGGGGUGGUGUGGUACCAGGGAGAGUCCAAUGCGGAUUAUAACAGGGACCUGUACACCUGCAUGUUUCCUGAACUCAUUGAAGACUGGCGCCAGACCUUCCACUACGGCUCCCAGGGUCAGACAGAUCGUUUCUUUCCAUUUGGGUUUGUCCAGCUGUCUUCAUACAUGUUAAAGAACUCAUCGGAUUAUGGAUUUCCAGAGAUCCGUUGGCAUCAAACUGCAGACUUUGGCCAUGUCCCCAACCCGAAGAUGCCUAAUACUUUUAUGGCUGUCGCUAUUGACCUCUGUGAUAGAGACUCACCCUUUGGAAGUAUCCACCCUCGAGACAAACAGACUGUGGCCUAUCGUCUGCACUUGGGUGCUCGAGCUGUGGCAUAUGGUGAGAAAAAUUUGACCUUUCAAGGACCACUACCUAAGAAGAUAGAACUCUUGGCUUCCAAUGGCCUGCUCAACCUCACAUAUGACCAGGAAAUCCAGGUGCAAAUGCAAGAUAACAAAACAUUUGAGAUCUCCUGUUGUAGUGACCGUCAUUGCAAAUGGCUUCCAGCUCCUGUUAACACUUUCUCCACCCAGACUCUGAUUUUGGAUCUCAAUGCUUGUCUUGGCACAGUGGUUGCUGUUCGCUAUGCCUGGACCACAUGGCCUUGUGAAUAUAAGCAAUGUGCUGUUUACCACACCAGCAGUAUGUUGCCAGCUCCUCCCUUCAUUGCUCAAAUUUCACACAGGGGUAUCUAAGGACAUUUGGAGUAGUGCUCGCUCUUCUAUACAAGGGCAAAUCCUUUAGUUUGGGUAUGCAGGACUUUAAAAGAUGACUGCUGUUUUUAGGGCAAUGGGAUAAACCCCUCAUUGAAUAGCUCCCAGCUAGCAUAUGGCCCCUCCAGUAUUCUGACAUAAGCACAGGCUAGCAGAUACUUGAAAUGCUCAUCUCUGUCCUCUAGUUAACCUAAGCCUCUGUGCUGGUCUAAUUCUCAACUAUAUCACUGGGCCUUACUAGCAUUCACUUCCUUGGUAUUAGUGGGAGUAAUAUGCCCUAUUCGUGCCCUUCUUCACUACUCUCGGACUGUGGACUCUCGGACCAGCAAGGGACUUUAAAGGCUGUGGAGGCUGGUGCUUUGUGUGUUCUUUACAACCCCCUGAAAACGGCUAUGCAAGUUUCCAUGUGUUUCCUUCUGUAAAACAAUGCUCUUGUCAAACCUUACUACCCCAUGACAGGCCUUUCAGGUCGCCUCUGACAGAUCAUGUGUUUUUAUCACUAGGCUCUCCAAAGCUGUUGUCAGCCUAACUCAUACUCUAAAGGGAAUCUGUGCAUAUUGCCAUGUGCUAAGGAGUGGCCUUAAGGAAGAAAGAGGGCCCACUGCAGGUUCUCAGGCAGAGGGUGGGGAAAUCACAGGCACAGGGACACGCGGAAGUAGAUGUGCUUGGGGCAAAUAGCUCUUUAAAUGUAAGUCUUAGGUCCCUGAGGUAAAAGUUCAACUAAGCCUAAGCCUAAUUCCCACGGAAGGAAGAAGUUAGGCUGAAAGUUACAGAACAUGCUUAUAGACCUACAGGUGAUUUUGUAGUUUACCAUUUGGUUAAAGACAGCUGCUAGCUGUGAAAAGUGCACCUCUUAGAAACUGGAAAUAAGUCCAGCACGGUAGCAUACACUAAUCCCAGCACUCAGGAGGGCAGAGGUGAGCUGUUCUACAGAAUGAGCUCUAGGAUAGCAAGUUACCUAGAGAAACACAGUCUUGAUCCUUCCUGCCCCACAAAGAAGAAAAAAAAAAAAUUAGCGAUGCAUCCAUUUGCCUUACACUGUGCCCUUGAAGCAUGGGAGAGGAGUGUAACUGUCACCUGUGCACAGCUCUUUUGUUCUUUGAUGUGAGAAAGUGGGAACUGAAGCAAUGAGGACUUCCCACCAUUCUCUGGGGGCUCUGGAGCCAUUAGAAACAGCAAGAGAGAUGUGUCAGGAGUUUACCUGGUUAAACACAAAGAAAACACCAAAACCUAUACAUUCUGCAGAGGCCUUUGACCUCUGAGGUGUUCUAGCCUGCAUUUAUCUUCUAAUGCUCUCUCUGCAUCUGGCCCCCUGAGAACACAAACCUAGGAACCACCAGCUCCUGAGAAAAAGUAAAAUCUACCUGCCUGUCCUGCCAACCCGUGUUAGUCACGAUGACCAAGUAGUGAAGAACCCCAAGCCCAAGGUCCUUAACAACUCACAAGUGAUAAAUCUUCUGGAUUGUACAUCAGCGCACCACAUCCAAUAACUGGUACAUACAGCAUAUACUCUGCCACAUUAGUACAUGUGUUAAUGAAGUCGUGGAUGAGCCAAACUUUUAGUAGUUGAAUAGUUUAAAACAUUGUGUGGGGAUUGUGCACUUCUCUAAAUGGAGAGAGUUUUAACUGAAGGAGAAACAGUGCCCUGCUGAACAUUGGCCCGGCUUGUUUUGUUUCCUAUAGCAUAUGUAAAUAAUAUACAUCCUAUACUUGAAA